AUGGCAAGCAAACUAGCUUCUCCUACACAGGCUGCUACUGUAAAUGUGUUGGUUAUGCCAACCUGGAUACAACAAGCUGCGGCAGGCACUGUUGCUGGGCUGUCACAAGUAUGCGUCGGCCAUCCGUUCGACACCAUCAAGGUCCGUCUUCAGACCCAAAAACAAAAUCCACCGCUAUAUGAUAAUGCCACAGACUGUCUGAAGAAAACGCUAAGAGCAGAAGGGGUUCGAGGGUUGUACAAGGGAAUCACUUCCCCCUUAAUGGGGAUUGGAUUUUGUAAUGCAAUAAUAUUCACCAUAAAUGGGCGUAUUCGAUCGCUGAUACGAGGACCAGACACAAGGCGACAGUUGACGUUAUCAGAAAUUGCUUCAUCUGGUGCGUUCACGGGAGCGUUCAUGGGAUUUGUCAACUGUCCGGUGGAGCUCGUCAAGAUCCAAUUGCAGUUGCAGAGAGAUAACGCCGUAAAACUCUAUAAUGGAGCUUUCGAUGCAACUGCUAAAAUCUAUGCAAAACACAAUCUGCGCGGAUUGUAUAGAGGCCUAACAAUAAACAUACUCAGAGAUAUGCCAAGUUUUGCUACCUAUUUCUUUGUAUACGAGGGGGCAAAGAGAGGGUUGGCGGCUCGAUACCACAACGGAAACACAAAACAACUGAAAUUGUCUGAGUUAUUAUUGGCUGGUGGAAUGGCAGGGAUCGCAUGCUGGAUACCCUGCUAUCCUCAAGAUGUCAUAAAGAGUCGAAUGCAGUCGGAGUUGACGAGCCGUUCCACAUUCAAUGCUGUGCAGACACUCAUAGCUGAACAGCGUGCAAGUGGCAAGCCAAUCGUACGCGCAUUCUUUAAAGGGUUCGGUCCGACGAUGGCACGCGCGUUCCCUGCAAACGCAGCCACAUUUUUCGCUUACGAAAUGGCAAUGUCUGCCAUGGGUGCUCAUGAUCCGGACGAGGAACCAAGAGGAGAAUUUAAUUAA